AGAGCUUCACUGGCCUGCAGACUCCCACAUCUCUCAGAGAGAGAGAGCAGAGGCAGGAGGGAGCAGACACCUCCCCUCCACAGCUGGCUCCACUCCAUCUCACCUCAGCCUGGAGCCCGGCGGGGCGCAAGUGUGUCGCGCUGCCCAAGAGUGUGUCGCUUCCUUUUACAACUUUUGAACACUGGAACUGUACUGAACGCAUUAUGACUCUUCUGGGCUCUGAACACUCCAUUCUGAUAAGAAGCAAGUUCAGAUCAGUCCUACAGUUAAGACUUCAGCAGAGGAGGACACGAGAGCAGCUGGCAGACCAAGGCAUCAUGCCUCUAAACCAUGGUAAGUUUCCGAAGCAGGAGGACUCUUAUGCGUUCGAGGAAGACAGCAGCAGUGAGAGUCUGUCUCCGGAGCAGCACCACAGUGAUGAGUCACAGGGAUCCGCCUGUCCUUCAUCGGAGACUGUUGGCAGUACGCCCUCCUCCUCCUCCUCACCUGCCCUGACCAGCCCAAGACAGGAAUGUGGAAACAGAGACCCCCUUGAUCAAGGCCAGGAUGAAGGGCUGUCUGGUGCCAACAACCAUCAGACCUCCCCCCCAAUACCUGUUCCUACUAUUGUCAAGUCCAAGACUUCAGACAAGAACCGACACAAGAAGCCCAAAGAUGUGAAGCCGAAAGUGAAGAAGCUCAAGUACCACCAGUACAUUCCUCCGGACCAGAAGUCUGAGAAGUCCCCUCCUCCCAUGGACUCGGCCUACGCCCGACUCCUCCAGCAGCAGCAGCUCUUCCUACAGCUGCAGAUCCUCAGCCAGCAGAAACACGCUCACGCACACCCUCAGACACAGCAGCCCUCACACACCCCACAGACACAGGCCCAGGCCCAGGCCCAGCAGCGGCAGCCCUCCUUCAGCUACCAGCCUCACCCAGCAGCCCAAACCCAGAAAGGAGCCAGUGAGCAGCUGUCAGGCUGUAGCCCCAGCGGUCCAUCCAGCCAAGCCAACAGUAACUCCUCCUCCCCAAUCAAGAACACAUACACCAACCAAAGCCACAUCUCCCCCCUCCAACCUGGGCCGCUGCCAACUAAUCUAGAUGACCUAAAAGUAUCAGAGCUCAGGCAGCACCUGCGUAUUCGUGGCAUGCCUGUCUCCGGCACCAAGACGGCCCUCAUCGACCGUCUCCGACCAUUCAAGGACUCCAACGCCGGCUCCUCGCCAUCCAGCUCCUCUGACAUCACCACGGGGACUUUCCCUGUCACACCCACGGGAUCCCUGUCCUCCUACCAGUCCCCGUCCUCCUCCAGCACCGUGUCCCAGGGAGGCUACUACCCUUACCCCAGCACCUCCUCCACCCCUCCUAUUUCUCCUGCCUCCUCCGAGCUGUCCCUCAGCGGCUCUCUCCCGGACAGCUUCGGCGACAUGCCCAUGUCCUCGCCGAGGCAGUUUGGUCUGCAGCCAUCUCCGAUGGAGGACGGCCUGGCUGGGGGAGGCCAGAGGGUAGGGGAGGGUGGAGGAAUGGAUGGCGAGGAAGCUGAAAAAGAUAAGAUGUUAGUGGAAAAGCAGAAGGUGAUAGAGGAGCUAACGUGGAAGCUUCACCAGGAGCAGAGACAGGUUGAGGAACUGAGGAUGCAGCUCCACAAGAGGAAACGCUGCUAUGUAGCAACACAAGACACUGUCCACCCUCCUCCUCACCCCUCCAUGCACCACCAGCUGACUCCAGCUAUGAUGGGCCAGAACUUCUUCGGGGUGACUAUCAAGCAGGAGCCCAUGUCGUUAUCCUCCAGCUGCCCUCUGUCCUCUCCCAAACAGCUGAAGAGCUCUGCUGGCAGCUGCAUGGAGGAUAUGGGACACUGCAACAACCCCCUCUCCAAUAUGGGCGGUCCCGGAGGGCCACAAUGUAUGGACACUUCCUCUGGCAGCCCCUCCACAAUGUCUGCUUUCCUCAGUCCACAGUGCUCGCCACAAGACUCUCCCAUUGGAAAACCUUCCUGUAGCCCCCAGCCAACGUCUCCCAAUAACCCUUACUUGCUAUCACUUCCGCUGGGAAGAGAUGGCUGUGGUCACCCCCACCCUCAGGCCAAUAACAGAGCAUGCAACAUGCAGCAGCAGAAGAACGGUGGCCAGGCGGUGAACUGUUCUUAUCCCCCUGACCAAAGAGGCCUCCAAGGCGUCUUUACCAACUCCAAUGAUAAGCCUGACAACCACAAUAUGCAACCAAAGAUGUCAGUAGUGCCCUCUCCUCGGCAUGUUGGCCAUAAGGGCCAGAUCUCUCCCCCUGCCUUCAGUAGCUCAGAUUCAGAUGCAUCAGACUUAAGACAGCCCCCACGCUAUGAGGAUGCAGUCAAGCAGCAACUGACCAGAAGUCAACAGAUGGACGAACUUUUGGACGUGCUCAUAGAAAGUGGAGAGAUGCCAGCUAACGCCAGAGAAGAGAGGGAGAGGGCCUCUGUAACCAAAGUUGUGCCUCACAUUACUGUGUCCCCAGGGUGUCCCGGCCUCCUCAUCCCUAGGUUCCACAGACACUACGAACACCUGUCCCCCACCCAGCUUCCCUACAACCACUCCAAUCACAUUACCGAGGGCCACUUGGAGAAUCUGCUGGGAAGUCCAAUUGGCCGGGGAAGCGAGGUGUCUCUUCUUAAAAUGGCUGCCGAAGACAGGGGGCAGGAAGAUGAGGGAAACAGAGAUGGCGAAGGGUACGCCAGCCCCCACAACCACCUCCGCCAGCCUCACCAUCUCCAACAAGACAAACCUCUGACCAACAGAGAUCUGAUGGACGGCCCACUGUCGGCCAUCACUACCAAGGUGUCCGCCGUCUCCGAGGUGCAAGGCAUGGUCAGCAUGACUUUCAGCGAGACGCCGUGGGAGACAAUGGAGUGGCUGGACCUGACACCGCCCAGCUUGUCCGCGGCCUUCAGUAGUGCUCCUCCCAGUGGGCCCAGCAUCUUCAACACAGAGUUCCUGGAUGUCACAGACAUUAACUUAAACUCUGCCAUGGACCUUCACCUGGAGCACUGGUAAAGCAACGGCAGUACUCCAUGCUAGCCAUCACCGCCACCAGAACAGCAGCUUACAAGUAGCUAUACGGAGAGCUUUUAUCAGCUAUGAACGUGCCAAAGAAAUAUUGUCCAAGUGCCUCUUAUUAUAUUAUACAGUGGGAUGUGACAUUGAGUAGCCCAUUAGCCUGCAUUCACAAUUAUACAGUAUAUCGCCUUAUUCCCUUCCCUUCAGAGAAAUUAGGUUAUGGUGUUGCCAUCAUACCUAGUGCAAAGUCUAGGUCUAGACUAGGCUUUUUGGACAAAGAAGCGCAAACUGCCAAAAAAAAGAGUAUGAGUGUGCAGGGUUAAAUAAAGGCUUCUCUAGGUAAUGGAUCCAUCCAUUGUUAAACCACUUGUCCUGCACACAGGGUCGCUGGAGUCUAUCCCAGCCAACUUAAUGCAAUAGACAGGGUACCCCCUGGACUCGCCAGCCAAUCGCAGGGCUACACAGAGACAUACAACCAUUCACAUCCACACACCUACGGGCAAUUUAGAGUUCCCAAUCAACCUGAUCCCCAGAGCAUGUCUUUGGACUGUGGGAGGAAACCGGAGAACCCGGUGAGAACUCACACAGACACGGGGAGAACAUGCAGACUCCACACAGAAAGGCCACUGGGCGGAGUGGAACCCAGGACCUUCUGGCUGUGAGGCGACAGUGCCAACCACCACGCCACCGUGCCGCCCCUUUAGGUAAUGAGUGCUUUAUUUCAACACAUCAGCAAUAUCAGUCUUGGGACACCACGACCUGAAGACAUAUUUUGACAAAAAAUUUCUGAGUCUAUGUUUGUAUUACUGGAAAACCAAAGGAAUUACAUGUUAAAUAGUAUUGCUUGGUACUGCCAUUUUGUAAAUAUGUUAACUAUCUGGACUGACAGACACAAGUCUGCUUAUUCGUCAGUGGUGUUGGAGAAGACAGAAACCACAUAGUAUGUAAUCAGUUCAUCAAAUGAUGUGAAAGUGUCAACAUUAUCUCACUGUGCACCUCUCUCUGAAAACACAUGUGUCACAGUUUGCUUGAGCUUACAAGAUGUGUGUAGAAACGGUUGGCAUUCCUUUGAAGGACCUUUUUAAUUUCACUAUUUGCCGUGUUUAACCACAGAAUGACACUAGGAAAGGAAAUGAAUGUCUUUGAAAAACCUUUAGUCUUAUUGGUUCAAUUUGCAGAAGCUUUUUAUUACAAUUUUUAGAGCAGUUCUAACAUUAAAGCCUACUGUACUUGCUAUUCCCUGAAAGUUGUUGACCGAUAUUAAUAUAGAAGAAUCCAACAUAAGUCAACAACAUCGGUUUUCAGACAAAUGUUAAAGAAUUGAAAUGAAAAAUUCUACUUCAUCUCUAUUUGUUCUUAAUAAGCAGCUAGCAGUAGUUUUUUGUCCUUACAAAUUCCACCCAUUCUAAUUACACACCAGUUAUUUAUUUUGUGUUUUUACAUUUAUAUCUUGUAUUUAAAGUGACAUUCCUUUCUUAUAGAUUGGGGCUUUGAUUUAACAAGAGAACUCCAAGGCUGCCAUUUUGACCACAGGCAUUUCUUAGUGUAUCAAUUAUCUUAAAAAUGUGAUACAAAGUGAAGGAAAUACUUCCAAAAGCCGUGCUUUAUUAAAUCCCUCUUCCUUCAAGAAUGUGGCAUCUCCAUUAUUAGCACUUGUGAAUAGGAAAAUGUAAUAUAUUCAGAUCCUUACUGUGAACACUGCACAUUAACACAGCUUAUACACACAGUGGUUACGUAAAGGAAAGAGCUGAGAAGUUUUUAUCUUCUCAAAGAAAAUAAACAUACUUUCCAACCUUUGAACUUCUACAUUUCCAACACACUCCUGUUGUGUGUGAACAUGGCUUUCACUGUGUGCUCUGUUAGACCAAAUCCUCUUUUGUGGUUACUUAUAAAGUGUAGCGAUUGUUAAAGGGUUUCUAUGGUUACAUGUAUGCAAUGAAUGCCCAUCGUGAAUAUAUGACAAAGCUGAUAUUCUUCUCAUUGUGUCUUUUGUUAAAAGAAUAUCUGCUGGCCUUUUUAUCCGCGGGGGCUCAUUUCAUUAUGUUCUUAAUCAGGAAAAAAAUAAAUCACAGACAGAAGCUUCCAUGUUGCUUAGCCACUGACUUGCUUUGUUAUUGUAAAAUAAAAACAGUAUUUGCCUGCAUACCUGUACACUACAGAAAGAAGAGCAAUAAAUUUCUCACAGCAAAAUAA